UUAUUUCUUCAAUUGUAAUCAUGUCGUCUACUCUCAGAAACCAAUCUUCUGUGGGGGAGCCAUCACAACAUUACAUUUUUAAAAAUCAUGAGGGUGAGCCAUCACAACUUUACAUUUUUAAAAAUCAGGAGACGGAGCCAUCACAGUGUUGCAUUUUUAAAAAUCAUGAUGGCGACCUAUCAGAAGGUUACAUUUUUAAAAAUCAUGAGGUGGAGAUUCUCCGCUCAUUCAGUGUCAAGAAUAACCCAACUUAUCAGGAGUUAGAGCUGGCAGACACCAGAAUACAUGCUGAUUUUACUCCUACGGAUGAUCAGGGAAACAACGUGGAAUUCUCCCAAGAGAGAAAUCAAAUGAACAAUGUUCACCUACAUAAACGGCCUGCUGAAGAGAUAAGAAUCUUGAUCGAUGAAGAUAUUCAUGUCCAGGAUUUUACAACUACUUUGCCAGCAGCCAAUAAGAUUGUGAUUUCUUAUUCAUCAAAAGAAUUCACACAGAGAUUGAUGGAAAUCACGCUAGGAAUAACAGGCCAGGCAGCUAUUUCCCUCUUGGCUUAUGUAGCAACUAAUUCCACCACGUUGUCCAGCUCUUCUCUUGUAGGGCUGCAUUUUGUGGUGGCAGCUAAUGCCAUUGGAUUUAUUGGCACUUUCCUUGGCAUGUGGUUUAGAAAGAGCAAGAAACAGGUUGCUGUUUCGUCUAGUGUUGUUGUGGGAAAAAUAGGUGCCAUUGCAGCAGCUUGCGCAAUAAUUGUAGCCAUGGGACUGUUCCUUCCUGCAAAACCUAUAUCUAUCUGGUUUGUUGGAUUUGCAUGCCUCUUCCCUGCUGCUGCUGUCGCUUUUUCUUAAGCCCAUCACUUUUGCUUAUUUCUGGUGCAUCACAAUUGCAAGGAAGUAACCGCAAUUGCAAAGUGAUAGGGGUCCGUAAAAGCGAACAUGGUGAACUUGAUCUCUCUGUAAAGAAUAAAUAGUACAGUUUGUCCUUCAAAAGGGCUGGUUUUUAAUUUUUGUCCAUUAAAAUCAAACUUAUGUCUCGCGGGGUAUAAAUUCUUUAAGUGAGCGGACGUAACUUGUGAGAUAUUAUAAUGCUAAAAUAUAAACUUAUGCCCCGCAAAAAAAAUAGGAAAAAUUUCAAAAAUAUACAAGUUGGUCACUUACAUUGCAAAAAAAUAUCCUAAAACUUACAUUAUGAAAAAUAGCCCAAAAUAUACAAACAUA